UUUUUUCCAACAUUGGUAACACUUGUGGACACUGACAAAUGUUGGAUUUAUAGAUUCCAUUGUUGCCAAAUACACUAUCUAAGACAUUUGUGACCAUUAGAAGAGACUGAACCCCACUGUGUGAAUGUAUAUUAGUUCAGAUCCUGAUGGGGACUGUGUGUGUGUGUUUAUGAAUGGGGGAAUGUGGACAUGUAGUCUAAAGAAGACUAGAAAGACUCUUUAUAUACAUGAAAGUCCAUUUGCCAUGGUGCGUUCAUGCUGCCUCUGAAUAUACAUCAGAACACGUGCUUUUAAAUUCACGUUUGUGGCCAAAUAGCGUUCAUAUUUAAACGUUGUUAUUCUUUGGUGUGGUUUGUAGUUUACACUAAUACAAAGCUACGCAGUGAGUCAGUAAUACUACUUUAAAACCACAGCACAUUCUUUAUUAUUCUUUAGAGUUGGAGUAUUACUGUUGACUUGCAUUCAAUCCUACACAUACUGACACCAGGUUUAAACGGAAGUAAUGUUUAUGACUGAAGACAAAUAAAAUAGAUAUUUUUAAAUGGUGUUAUACACAGACUCCAGUAAGUGUGUUGUUGUUGUUUUAGUUUCACAUGUGAUGACGUCAGAGCAGACAAAUCCCCACAAAGGACCAAUGUGAAGGAGACAAACGUGAGCAGUGAUGGAUGUGAACAGUCUGGGUUAUGACUUUAGUUUGUCUUAUUCUCUGCCUAAUGAGUUUGGAUAACGUGACGGCUUAGACUCUAUGGACACACUGAUUGUGUGUUUUAAGGUGCUGGAGUAUCAAAGAGUUUAAACUGAUGGGAUAGAUAUCUGCACACUUCAUUUUGAGCUUUUAGUCUGAAGGACCUUCAUCAGAGCUUUUUUUCUGGUAUGAAUGAUGACCAAAACUACAAUGGUAGUAUGAAUGAUGACCCCCCCCCAUGCUCCAGUAUUCUGCUGAAGUCCGACACAGACUCAGUACAUAGUAUGCAGGUUUGUCUUGGAUGCUAGCCUCAGCUACGAGGCUGCUCACUCACACUUUAGUCUUCUGGUUGCCGUCCUGGUAUCUAUCCAAGAAGAAGAGAGACAAUGUCCGCUUUUAAUUUAGCUUUUUCAGGAAAGACGCUGAAGGUGAAGACAGACUCUCUUCACUCCACCUGUUGCGCCUCUGGCUGGACGUGUCUCUGGCACUCACUAUACACGUAUAUAUGUGUGCAUAGAUGUGUCUGCAGUUGUUGGGCAUUAGUAAGCUUUUAAAGGACAUUUUAGUGACUGUUGCAAGCGACUGAUAAUAGUGGAGAUUUUGCUAUCGAGGCUUUCAGGCGGUCUCAAGUGAAAAGAGCGUUGUGGCUUUUACUGCAGAUCUGAUCGUCUAUAUUAGAGACUUGUGUUUGCUGAUCGUCCAUCGUGGAAUAAAGUGAUGAUGUAUGUUCAAGAACUACUCAUUUCUCUGUAAUCCAGCUUCAGUUGGACCUGAUUGUGGAGCGUCUUGACGUCUCCUGGUUGUCAUAUCUUUUGGGGGGUUUCCACCUGUUGGGAUCAUCCACUGCUUUGCACCACACAUGGCUCUCUCAUCCGCCUCCUUUUAUUUUUGUUCUGAUGACUUCCUGUGUCAUCGUUCACCAGCAGGGAGGAGGCAGCUCCUCGUCUUGCUCUUCUCUUCUCUUCUCUUCUCUUGGACUGUAACCGGAGUCACAACCUUUUUAAACUCUUGCUACAGCCCAAAAUGAACUGGGAUUGUUUCAAAGUCUCUCUUCAUGUGUCCUCCUCCCUCUCACAUCUUUUACUGUCUUGGCUCAUCUUUACUCUGCUACACACAUUGAUUCAUGUUUAUUUAUUUACUCUCAUCACUUCCUUCUAUUGCUCUUAAAAUGUACUGAAAUACCAUUUUUUCCCUGUAUUUUUUGUCCUUCCCUUUUGCUCAAACCUCUCUCCUGUUCUACAUUUCCCUCCUUUGUUCUUCCCUUUCCUCUGUCCUCCCUUGUUCCCUCCAUCCUCCCUCAUGCAGGUGGUGAGUCAGCGUUUCCCCCAGAACAGCAUUGGCGCGGUGGGCAGCGCCAUGUUCCUGCGCUUCGUCAACCCGGCCAUCGUGUCUCCAUACGAGGCCGGAAUCCUGGACAAGAAGCCCCACCCCAGGAUAGAGCGGGGUCUCAAGCUCAUGUCCAAGAUUCUGCAGAGCAUCGCAAACCACGUCUUGUUUACAAAAGAAGAACACAUGAGGCCUUUUAAUGACUUUGUCAGGAGCAACUUUGAUUCAGCCAGACGGUUCUUCUUGGACAUCGCGUCCGACUCUCCUCCCAGCGACUCAGUCAACCACAGUCUGUCUUUCAUCAGUGACGGCAACGUUCUGGCCCUCCACCGCCUGCUGUGGAACAACCAGGAGAGGAUCGGCCAGUACCUCUCCAGUAACAGGGACCACAAAGCCGUGGGCAGGCGACCUUUUGACAAGAUGGCCACCCUGCUGGCCUACCUGGGUCCUCCUGAACACAAACCCGUGGCUGACACGCACUGGUCUAGCCUCAACUUGACCAGCUCCAAGUUUGAGGAGUUCAUGACCAGGCACCAGGUCCAUGAGAAAGAGGAGUUCAAGGCCUUAAAGACCCUCAACAUCUUCUACCAAGCAGGAACCUCCAAGACCGGCAACCCAGUGUUCUACUACGUGGCCCGCAGGUUCAAAACAGGCCAGAUCAACGGUGACCUGCUCAUCUACCAUGUCCUCCUCACUCUCAAACCCUACUACGCCAAGCCCUACGAGAUAGUGGUAGACCUAACACACGUAGGACCUAGCAAUCGCUUCAAAACCGACUUCCUGUCCAAGUGGUUCGUGGUCUUUCCCGGCUUCGCCUACGAGAAUGUAGCGGCCGUCUUCGUCUACAACUGCAACACCUGGGUGAGGGAGUACACCAAGUACCACGAGCGGCUGCUGACGGGCCUGAAGGGCAGCAAGCGGCUCCAGUUCAUCGACUCUCCAGCUAAGCUUGCCGAACACAUCGAACCGGACCAACAGAAGCUGCCCGCGGCCACGCUGACCCUUGAGGAAGACCUCAAAGUGUUCCAUAAUGCCCUCAAGCUGGCCCACAAAGACACCAAGGUCUCAAUAAAGGUGGGCUCGACUGCAGUUCAGGUGACCUCUGCCGAGCGGACCCGCGUCCUCGGCCAGCCCGUCUUCCUCAAUGACGUCUACUACGCCUCAGAGAUCGAGGAGAUUUGCCUGGUGGACGAGAGCCAGUUCACCCUCACCAUGGCCAACCAGGGCACGCCGCUCACGUUCAUGCACCAAGAGUGUGACGCCAUCGUCCAGUCCAUCAUCCACAUCCGGACGCGCUGGGAGCUGUCGCAGCCGGACUCCAUCCCACAGCACACCAAGAUUCGACCCAAAGAUGUUCCCGGCACUCUGCUCAACAUCGCCCUGCUGAACCUGGGCAGCUCUGACCCCAGCCUCAGGUCGGCGGCUUACAAUCUGUUGUGUGCAUUGACCUGUACCUUCAACCUGAAGAUAGAGGGCCAGCUGCUGGAGACGUCGGGCCUCUGCAUCCCCGCUAACAACACCCUCUUCAUCGUCUCCAUCAGCAAGACUCUGGCAGCCAACGAGCCCCAUCUGACACUGGAGUUUCUGGAGGAGUGCAUCUCAGGCUUCAGCAAGUCCAGUAUCGAGCUGAAGCAUCUCUGCCUGGAGUACAUGACGCCCUGGCUGCUCAACCUGGUUCGCUUCUGCAAACACAACGAUGACGCCAAGCGCCAGCGCGUCACCGCCAUCUUGGACAAACUCAUCACCAUGACGAUCAAUGAGAAGCAGAUGUACCCCUCCAUCCAGGCGAAGAUCUGGGGCAGCCUGGGCCAGAUAACCGACCUGCUGGAUGUGGUGUUGGACAGCUUCAUUAAGACCAGCGCCACCGGAGGACUGGGCUCCAUCAAGGCGGAGGUCAUGGCUGAUACUGCAGUGGCUCUGGCUUCAGGGAAUGUCAAGCUUGUCUCCAGCAAGGUGAUUGGUCGGAUGUGUAAGAUCAUCGAUAAGACGUGUCUGUCUCCGACGCCCACUCUGGAGCAGCACCUCAUGUGGGACGACAUCGCCAUCCUGGCCCGCUACAUGCUCAUGCUGUCCUUCAACAACUCUCUGGACGUGGCCGCUCACCUGCCCUACCUGUUCCACGUGGUCACCCUGCUGGUGGCCACCGGGCCGCUCUCCCUCAGGGCCUCCACCCACGGCUUGGUCAUCAACAUCAUCCACUCGCUCUGCACCUGCUCACAGCUCAACUUCAGCGAGGAGACGAAGCAGGUUCUGAGGCUGAGUCUGACCGAGUUCUCGCUGCCUAAGUUCUACCUGCUGUUCGGCAUCAGCAAAGUGAAGUCGGCCGCCGUCAUCGCGUUCCGCUCCAGCUACAGAGACCGCUCGUUCUCCCCCGGGUCCUACGAGAGGGAGACCUUCGCCCUGUCCUCCCUGGAGACCGUCACAGAGGCCCUGCUGGAGAUCAUGGAGGCUUGUAUGAGGGACAUCCCGGCCUGCAAGUGGUUGGACCAGUGGACCGAGCUCGCUCAGAAGUUUGCGUUCCAGUACAACCCGUCUCUGCAGCCCAGAGCUCUGGUGGUGUUCGGCUGCAUCAGUAAGCGGGUGAGCCACGGCCAGAUCAAGCAGAUCAUCAGAAUCCUCAGCAAGGCCAGUCCUCUGCUGAGCAUCGACCGGGGUCUGGAGAGCUGUCUGAAGGGGCCGGACAACUACAACAGCCAGGUGUUGAUCGAGGCCACGGUCAUCGCUCUGACCAAGCUGCAGCCGCUCCUCAGCAAGGAGUCUGAAAUGCACAAAGCUCUGUUCUGGGUGGCGGUCGCUGUGCUGCAGCUGGACGAGGUCAACCUGUACUCGGCUGGAACCGCCCUGCUGGAGCAGAACCUCCACACGCUGGACACCAUGCGGGUCUUCAAUGACAAGGUGAAGCACACACACAAUAGCGUCACACUAAAUCCAAAUGUACCGCCUCAGACUGCAGCAAACAGCAAACAGUGAACAGGAAGUGACCAUAUCUGGACUGAGGAGGAGUG